AUGCCAGCCCUGCAGGAACGAGCUGAUGUAACAACGCGGCUCUACGAAGAUCCUCACAAUCCACACCUUUACUAUGAGCGAGGUCUCGUGCAUGAGAAACUGGGAUUCCCCGAUCUAGCGUCGGCCGAUGCGUACCGCGCACUAUCUCUCCUCGACUCGGUCGUUGACCCGGACGGCUGCGAAUUUCACGCCCGACGCAGAUUUCACGACUCUCCGGAGAUCACGGAGUCAAAGGCUCGCGAUAGUAACAACGCUGCUGAUGACGCCGCCGCCGCCGACGACGACGACGACGAUGACCAGUUCACUCCACUUACGCAGUCCGAAUACGAUGCCCUCAUUCACCCCGUUUACGCCUUAUUAGUCCGCUCCCUCGUCAGCUGUGGCUGCUUCCGUGACGCAUAUGAAUUCUGUGCACGGGGCUUGGGUAGUAUUGGCAGCACUAGCGACAACCAGACCUCCUCAGACCGUGAAGCCCACGCCACCUUAGCGGCACAACUGGCGACAUUGCAACGGGAGUUCGCCCGCCGACGCAAUCUCCCUUCCUCUACCACGGAGAUCGUGAUUGACGAUCCCAGCGCCCUGCCGGCACAGGGUCUUGCCCGCCGCGUCCUCUACCCCUGGAACACGCACGAACCCGACCGCAAAUCCCCCGAGACUCUGGCCCUCCUGAACGGAAAGUUACGGACGGUGGCGCCCAAGUGUGAGGUCCGGGCUGUCGCAUUACCGGCGCUGCACUCUAUCACUAUCACCAAGCCGAACCCCUCUUCCUCCUCCGAACCACAAGACCAAGAACAAGAGCAACCAGAAGAAGUCAGCAUCCAACUGGGGCUCUUCGCCAAAGAAGACAUUCUGCCCGGCGAGACCAUCCUCCGCGAAAACUCGCUGUUGACCGCCACCAACCGUCUCCACGACGACCUGUGCGACGCCUGCAAUGGCCCGCUCCCGGAGCUCUCGGCCGACGCGCCGCCCGUGGCGUGCGCCAACGGCUGCGACGACACGAUCUUCUGCUCGCAGGCCUGCCACGACCAAGCCCAGCAGGUCUACCACGGGGCCGUGUGCGGGCUGAUGGAGAACCUCGAGUCCAUCGGCAAGGACAUCCCCGACCCGAAGGACAAGGCAGACUACCUAUAUCUGCUGCUGCUGGGGCGGGCACUGGCGAUGGCGGCGACGCAGGAGGUACAUCCGCUGGAGCUGGGGGAGGUGAAGUUCAUCUGGGGCGACUUCGUGGACUAUGGCCACCCCGACCCGCUGGACCCCGACCCCGGCGCAUCGGGGAAUGAUGGCACCCUCCCCUUCUCCUUCCAGCUCAACAUCCUCCAGCCCAUGCGCCUCCUCGAGGAGAUGGAGAUCGACCCCUACGCCCACCUCCGCCACUACGACACCUGGGUCCUCAACACCCUGUACGCCAAGUUCCGGGGCACCGCCUCCGGCCGCCUCUCCACCUGGGACGGCGGGCCCGAGCUCUGCGCCGUCCACCCCCUGUGGUGUCUGGCCAACCACUCGUGCGACCCCAACGUCCGCUGGGAGUGGGGCGGCGAGAUCACCUUCGUCGCCCGCGCGGAGGCCGAGCGCGCCGUGUGGAAUCUGCCCUCCGAGGCCGAUGCUGCGGCUGCGCCCACGUGUAGGCGGGUCGGGGCCGGGAUCAAGAAGGACGAGGAGAUCCUGAACCAUUACUGUGAUAUCGGGCUGGGGGUCAAAGAUCGUCGGGAGUGGGCCCGCGGCGCCCUGGGCGGCUUCUGUCUGUGUGAGAGGUGUCGGUUUGAGGCCGGGGAGAUGUGA